ACCAACGACUGAAAUCAAGCCCAGCGGGGAGCAGUAAACUCUGCACAGAAAACUUGCACGCUCUCCACACACCCUGAACCAAGCCGAAAUCUUUUCAACGAUUCCAAGCCUAUCUUCAUCUUCUUCUUCUUCUUCCCAUAAUCAUUCGCUGUUUAUCACCCGACCAAACUGAGAACAAAUCAAUGGACAGACUCACUUUAGCCCUAGCAUCUCCUCCCAAGUUUGUGUUUCUCGGCUGCUCUUCUACUCCUACCUUCUCCACUGCCACCAGAACCAAUCAAUUAUGCGGAACCAGGCGCUUCGCUACGUCCUGGAUUAAAUCUCGUCCCAGAAUUUAUGCUUCUGCCGUUAAUCGUCGAUCCAACCAACGUAUUGUCGCAGUGGCUGAACGGUUUGCGAGUGUUUCUUCUUCGACAACCACCAAUGAAUCGUCUUCUGUUGGUGUUCCAUCAGUUUCGGUUCCUCCCCCUUCCUCUUAUGUAGGGUCGCCUCUCUUUUGGGUGGGUGUUGGUGUUGGGCUUUCAGCAUUAUUUACUUGGGUGGCUUCUUACUUGAAGAAAUAUGCUAUGCAACAAGCUUUCAAGACGAUGAUGUCUCAAAUGAAUUCUCAAAAUGGCCCAAUGAGUAAUCCUUCACCAUCCGGAUCACCUUUUCCAAUACCUCCAACAUUUGGGACUGGCAGAGCAGUUUCUCCAUCUGUUUCUGAACCUGCUCCAUCAAUUGAUGUACCAGCAACAAAAGUUGAAGACAAACCAGUUACUACUGCCAAAAUUGUGACAGAGGACAAGGAAGCAAAGAAUUUUGCUUUUGUAGACGUUGCUCCAGAAGAAAUGGAGCAAAAGAGUCCGUUCAAAGAAGAUACAGUGGACUCGAGUGUUCCAAAGAGUUCUCAGCCUACUGAGGAACUUCCACAGAAUGGAGCUGCUUCUAAGCCGGCUUUUGAUGGUUCAGAGGGAUCACAAUUCAGCCGGAAACCUGGCUCAGUCUUAUCAGUGGAAGCUGUGGAGAAAAUGAUGGAAGAUCCGACAGUGCAGAAGAUGAUAUAUCCCCAUUUGCCCGAGGAGAUGAGAAAUCCAGAAACAUUUAAGUGGAUGAUGCAAAAUCCACAGUAUCGUCAACAAUUAGAAGAAAUGCUUAACAAUAUGAGUGGAGGCCCUCAAUUGGACGACAGUCUCAUGGAUUCCUUGAAAAACUUCGAUCUAAACAGCCCUGAAGUUAAGCAGCAAUUUGAUCAAAUCGGGCUUACACCUGACCAAGUUAUUUCAAAGAUUAUGGCCAAUCCAGAAAUCGCUAUGGCAUUUCAAAAUCCAAGAGUUCAGGCAGCCAUCAUGGAAUGUUCACAAAACCCACUGAGUAUAACAAAGUAUCAAAAUGACAAAGAGGUCAUGGACGUUUUCAAUAAAAUAUCAGAACUAUUCCCUGGAGUUUCUGGGUCACCAUGAUAAUUGUAACUAUUUUGGUUGAUAAAGAGUACAUGACAAGAUAAGAAUCAAAUAUGGAAGAUUGAGCAUGCUUCCUUCCCGUCCAUUGUGAAAUAAGUUGGAGAAGAUGGUCAUCUCUUCGUAAUGAAGUUAGCUGAGUCGGUCUCGCCUGCUUCGAUUACAUGAGUUAUAUUGGAUUUUUCGGGUGAGCUAAUUCUUUUUUCCCUUUCAAAACCAAAGUUUCUUUUUCCGAGUAUUACCAUCUGGAGGUCAUGUAUUUAUUAGUGGCUUUGCAUUUAAUCAACUUCGUAGGAACCUCUUCUUUAUAUAGUGGUUAGAUUGAUUGUAAGGGACUUUUAAGCUCAUUGAUAUAUCAAGGUAGUCAAUGUAGUUUAUAAGUAAUUUUGGCGUAUUCUUAUUUCCCUUCAAUUGAAUCACAUUAUUGGAAGUAUUGCUG